CGCUCGCGGGCGGGCGCGGAGCGGAGCGGCCGUCGGGCACGGCGGAGCGAUGAUCCGCCGGGAAGACACUGAACGGGCAGUGGAAAUUCUGACCAGAUACCAAAGCACCCUGCAGUCCCCGGAGGAGCAGGAGUUAAAAGCUUCCAUUGGAAAAGUUUCGCACAUCUUCCAAAGUGAACUCUUCCAGGCUCUGCUGGAUAUCCACGAAUUCUACGAUUUCACGCUGCGCUCUGCACCCGUGCAAUCCCCAAGCCUGGAUGCCCGUCAUGGCACAGCCAGGCAGCAGCUUGGGUCCAGCGAGCCCAGCUCCACAGUCACACCCAGGGAGCCCCAAAGCCUGCCUGAGGACUGCUCCCGGGACCGUGAGCAGAGGCUCGGCACGGGAGCCGGGGACGGCGCCGCGGGGACAGCGCCGCGGCUGGUGAGGGUGACAGCACGGCGGACAGAGGCACCGGCCAGCGUCUGCAGCCUGGUGCUCAGCUCUCACAGCAGCCUGCCCCAGGCCAACCCCGCUCCCAUUAUCGUGAAUACAGACUCGCUGGAACAAGGGCUCUCUAUGAAUGGCAGCGAUGGGAUAUUCAAAUAUGAAGAGAUCAUCUUGGAAAGGGGCAACUCUGGCCUCGGCUUCAGCAUAGCGGGAGGCAUCGACAACCCCCAUGUUCCAGAUGACCCGGGUAUCUUCAUCACCAAGAUCAUCCCCGGGGGAGCAGCAGCCAUGGAUGGCCGUCUUGGGGUGAACGACUGCGUGCUGCGGGUGAACGACGUGGACGUCUCCGAGGUUGUGCACAGCAAAGCUGUGGAGGCCCUGAAGGAAGCAGGCCCCGUGGUGCGGCUUGUGGUACGGCGCCGGCAGCCCCCGCCAGAGACCAUCAUGGAGGUUAACCUGAUGAAGGGCCCCAAAGGCCUGGGGUUCAGCAUUGCAGGGGGCAUCGGGAACCAGCACAUCCCUGGGGACAACAGCAUUUACAUCACCAAGAUCAUCGAGGGAGGUGCUGCCCAAAAGGACGGGCGCCUGCAGAUCGGGGACCGGCUGCUUGCGGUGAAUAACACAAACCUGCAGGACGUGCGGCACGAGGAGGCGGUGGCCGCCCUGAAGAACACCUCUGACAUGGUGUACCUGAAAGUGGCCAAGCCCGGCAACGUCCACCUCAACGACAUGUACGCGCCCCCCGACUACGCCAGCACCUUCUCAGCCAUGGCCGACAACCACAUAAGCCAUAACUCCAGCCUGGGCUACCUGGGCAGUGUUGAGAGCAAGCCUGCCUAUCCCAUCCCUCCCCAGGUGACUCCGUCCCGGUACUCGCCUAUCCCUCGGCACAUGAUCGGAGACGAUGACUUCACCAGGGAGCCCCGGAAAAUCAUCCUGCAAAAAGGCUCCACCGGCCUGGGCUUCAACAUUGUUGGAGGGGAAGAUGGCGAGGGGAUCUUUGUGUCCUUCAUCCUGGCUGGAGGCCCUGCUGACCUCAGCGGGGAGCUGCGGAGGGGAGACCGUAUCCUUUCGGUGAACGGCGUGAAUCUCCGCAACGCCACGCACGAGCAGGCGGCGGCGGCGCUGAAGCGGGCGGGGCAGACGGUGACCAUCAUCGCGCAGUACCGGCCCGAAGAGUACAGCCGCUUCGAGUCCAAGAUUCACGACCUGCGGGAGCAGAUGAUGAACAGCAGCAUGAGCUCCGGCUCCGGCUCGCUGCGGACAAGCGAGAAGAGAUCGCUCUAUGUCCGAGCCCUGUUUGACUAUGACCGGACCCGGGACAGCUGCUUGCCCAGCCAGGGACUCAGCUUCUCCUACGGGGACAUCCUGCAUGUCAUCAAUGCCUCUGAUGACGAGUGGUGGCAAGCCAGGCUCGUCACACCCCACGGUGAGAGCGAGCAGAUCGGGGUCAUCCCCAGCAAGAAGAGGGUGGAAAAGAAGGAGAGAGCACGGUUGAAAACAGUGAAGUUCCACGCCAGGACUGGCAUGAUUGAGUCCAACAGGUCGAUCAAAACGAAACGUAAAAAGAGUUUUCGCCUCUCUCGAAAGUUUCCAUUUUACAAGAGCAAAGAGAACCUGGCCCAGGAGAGCAGCGGACAGGAACAGGGCGUGACAUCAAACACCAGUGACAGCGAGAGCAGUUCCAAAGGACAAGAGGACACCAUCCUGUCGUACGAGCCAGUGACACGGCAAGAAAUUCACUAUGCGAGGCCGGUGAUCAUCCUGGGGCCAACAAAGGACCGAAUUAACGACGACCUCAUCUCUGAAUUCCCACACAAGUUUGGUUCCUGCGUGCCCCACACCACCAGGCCUCGGCGCGAGAACGAGGUGGACGGCCAGGACUACCACUUUGUUGUAUCCCGGGAGCAGAUGGAGAAAGACAUUCAGGACAACAAGUUCAUAGAGGCUGGGCAGUUCAAUGACAAUCUCUAUGGGACCAGCAUCCAGUCAGUGCGAGCGGUGGCAGAGAGGGGGAAGCACUGCAUCCUGGAUGUGUCUGGCAAUGCUAUCAAGAGGUUGCGACAAGCACAACUUUAUCCCAUUGCCAUUUUCAUCAAACCAAAAUCCAUUGAAGCCCUCAUGGAGAUGAACCGGAGACAGACAUAUGAACAGGCCAACAAGGUCUUUGACAAAGCCAUGAAACUUGAGCAAGAGUUUGGAGAAUAUUUUACAGCCAUCGUACAAGGAGACUCUCUUGAAGAAAUUUACAGCAAAAUCAAACAGAUCAUUGAGGAUCAGUCUGGGCACUACAUCUGGGUCCCGUCCCCAGAGAAACUCUGAAGAUGUCUCCCGCCUGCUUCUCUGUGAGCAGAAGAUCUCCGAAGUCCCACCCAUCCAAGCCCUCUGCCCCGAGGGGGAGGGAUAUGAAAACUAUUCCUGCUCCCUUUUUUAGAUUGUCGCAAAAUUGAGUUUUCUAGUCCUGUUUCUUUUGUUGGGAUGAACUCAUAUCAUUCAUCACGUGACUGUUCCCACCAUUCCUGCAUGGACCUUCCCACUGCUCCAGUAGAGACAGACGAGAACCCAUUCAAGGUCGUUUUUUAUUAUUAUUAUUAUUAUAUUAUUAUUAUUAUUAUUAUUAUUAACUAAACAAAGAAUCAAGAUGGGAGAAGGCGGCUAAGGACUAAUGUAAGAAAACAAGUGAAACAAUGGACUCUGAACACAUGAGCUGGUAUCAGAGCUCCAGGGGCAUUUUUCCAAGUGUGACUGUCUAGCAGCUCUGAACAGUGCGACAGAUGGGCAGCAGAAAGCAUUUUAUUUAUCUGUAUAUGUAAUUUAUAUAUAAUAUAGAGGAGAGAUAUUAUAUAUAUAUUAUAUAUAUAUAUAUGUACGUGGACUAGGAAAUCUGAGGGACCUCUCUGAAAGGUGUUUUAUUAUUGCAAGGUUCUUUCAGUUCGUCUGUCCCAACCACUCGGCUUAGGGAGUCCACUUGGGCAGGAAGAGCUCAAAAUGGUACCAGGUGCUUUGGAAACUUCUCCCGUCCAGGCCAGUUCCCUACAGCCACCCUGGGUCUGAGACAGUCCAGAGACUGGUACUGCCUGUGCAGGAGGGACCAGAGCAAGGAGCAGCAGCUGGCCUGCAAGAGGCUGGGAGACAGAGACUGAGCAGGAGGCUGCGGAGCAAGAGAAUGGAUGAUGCUACAUAUUAAAUUGCACAUUGUUUUACACACCACCUUAUGUGUUUGCAUGAGAGGUUUCCUUUUGGUUCUAUUUUUUUAAGCUGAUUUUAAACCAAAACCAUAUUGUGUUGUUGUGUUGGCUUUUUUAAUUAUUAUUAUUAUUAUUAUUAUUAUUAUUCCAUUUUUCUCUUGUUAAUGAUGAACUGAAUGGAUAUAAAAUCCAGUUUUUUAACUUAUUUUUUAAGCUGGCUCUAUUGUAAAUAGAAUCUAGAUCCGUGGUGUUUAGUUAAGAAAUACUUUACUGGCCACAUGGAACAAAUGUACUCACUGUCCUGUGUUGCUGUGAAAAACCUGGGAUGUUGGACUGGCCCUGUACCUGUGGGUGCAGGUGGAAUGACCCUUUCUGGCUUGUGGCAGCACACUGCAGGUCUCUUCUCCAUUAGCCACUGGCAGGAACAGCCCCCAGCUGUGCCUUGGAUGGACACUCACAUUUUCCAGAUCAGUAACAGAAUUGAAACACUUCCUCUCUUCCCUGCUCCACGCCGAGUUCCCGGCCCUGCUGUGUGCAGGUGCCAGGGGUGUCUCUCCCAGGGAGGGGCCCUCCUUCCAGCAAAGGUGACUGCGUGGCCACCAGCAAAGGUGGCCACCUUGCCUGGCUCCGUCUCUGACAGCUCUGAGAGAAUCUGUGGCUGAAGCUGGGUUCUGCUGCCUCCCCCGAGCCACCCCAAAGCCCUGAAGUGGUGCCCCAGCUCGCACGCUGAGGGGCAGGGGGUACAGAGCUGCCCCAUCUGCUGGGCACUGGCAUUUUUCAGGAGAGGCACCGAGACACUUGGCCCUAAGCUGAGCCAUGUCUGCCUUUGAAGACACUUUGGCUUCUGUGCUUGAGUGGGGCUCCAGACCCUUGUGUGGAGCUGGGGACACUCACGUGGCCUUUGAGGAUGUGUGCUGGGUACGCAGAGUUCAGGUCCGAGCGCUCCCACCUCACAAAGAGCUGGUGAAUGCUGUUCCUCACACAGUGCCACACCCCACAACACAGGAGGUCGCUGUCCAAGCACGACCAGGUAAGUCUCCUCCUGCCCCUGUUUGGCAGGGAUGAGCUGUGGUCCCCUCUCCCCAAGGCGGUGGCUCUCAGUGUGCCAGUCAGUGCCUGGCUCACGGGCCACGGCUGCCAGCGUGAGCCGGAGCUGCUGUGACGCUGUCCAUGUGCUGCCUGGGGAGAAGCCUCCUUUGCCCAGCCUGCAUCCCAAGGAGCCCUGCAGGGACCAAGCAGCUUCUGGGACCAGGACACGGCCCUGCAGGAGAGCCACAGCUGUGAGCACAGCGGAGGGCAGAAGGAUUCUGCUGUCAGUGGGACCGACCCUAAAGGAGCACACAGAACUUUGUCAGUGGAUUCCUGUCUGGCAUCCAGCCCCUGCCCCGCUGGUCCUGCUCCAGCUGCUAUAAGUGUCGGUCCCUGAAGAAGUUGAGUAAGUGAAACAAAAGUCCUUAAGGUGCUAGUCACACAUUCCUAUUUUUUUUUUUUUUUUUUUGGUCUUUUUUCUGGUUUUUUCCUAAUAGCCUGUCUCCCUCUAUCAAGUCACGUGGAGAAAAAGAUGAUGUACUCCAUGGCAUAGCUGACAGUAUCGAAUCGAUCAUGACAACAGUAGUUGGUUAACAGUGUUUCUUCCAAGGAGACAUAUAUUUUUAAUAAACAGAGAGUUGCAAAGAA